GACACAGGUUAGAUAAGCUUGUUCGAUUUGUGCUUCGGAUUCGCUAUGGGCAAGCGCGGUGAUCAACACGGCCAGGAAAGUGCCAAAGAUGCAGAGGUAGCCAGGGGUCGUGCAAGGGAAGCAGUGACACCACAGCCAGGAGAAUCCAGUGCGCAACCGCAGAAGAAGGUGAAGAAGGAAGUAAAGGAAGCGAAUCCCCGUCGCUUGGAGAAGCGCGUGGCCGAGAGUCCAGCUCCAUCAACUCCCAGCAACUUCUUCGCAUCACCCGCGCGGGCCAUCUCCACCAUGGUGCCAGAACCCAAGGUGAAGCGACCCCGCCGAACCAACACUGGUGGCAUUGCUUGGGCAUUGAGUGAAGUUAGAACGCAGCUGGAAACCAUUUGCGAUGUUGAAGGGGUCCGGGAGCUCUUGGAUCGCUUCCCCAACUGCGUCUUACUGGGCGGCAUCUCUGCACGCCGGGAGCUAGUGGCGGCCUUGCUGGGUGAGACUGCUGUGGCACAAGCUGCCGCUGCGGUCCUGGUGCAGCCGGGCAUGCGGCAGCCAAUAGCUCUUGAAUUAAGGUGCAGCAGCGCGGAGCUUGGCUCUCCGCAGGCACCAGAGGCUGAAUUUUGGCUGCGUGGCGUGCAGAAUGCAACACAACAGGCUCUUGGCCAGCGUUUGAAGCUGGACUCCCUGCGCCUUCGGCUGUCUGCAGCAGGCUGCACCAACUUGGACGUCAUCGACUUGCCCGAAAAAUGCAGCAACAGCCACUUGGUUGAUGUCCCGUUGAAGAUCGAGGAGAUGCGUGUGAAGCACGUGGGUUCCAAUGCCAACCUCCUCGUUUGCUUGGAACCUGGUCCGCCACUUGAGCUCUGCAAGAGGUUCGACCCCAAGCUUUCUCGUACUGUGCUGGUUGGUGCUGCUGCCUCCAACGUCAGUGCAGGAGUUGAUGAUUCCCUGCCACCGUCCAUCCUUUGUGGCCCCGAUGCUGCUGGGUGCCUGGAGGAGCGAUUCGCCAACCUCUGCAAGGAGCGCGCGCCGCAAUGGAUGUCUAGCUUGGAGCGCUUAGAGCUACGGCUUUUGAAGUCAAGCAAAGAAGCGAGAGAAUCUGAGCAGAAGGAAAGCACUUUGGAACUUCUCACCAGAGCCAGAUCGGCUGGCUUUUCCUUCAGCCGCGCACUUCAAGAAGUCAUCCAAGGGACUCCCGGAUGCAAUGCUGGUGCUUUGACUCUGGAGGAGGAGCUCUUAGAUUUCGCUCGCUGUGCUGCCAAUGGGCAGUGUGGGGCAGGGGACUUCUUGCUCGGGGAGGAUGCUGCAGCGGCUGCGGCAGCAGUCUUUGGGACCUUCGGGGGUGUGGAAGGCUACAGUGCCUACCUUCGGAACAAGGUGAAGAUUCCCGGCUCAGACGUGGCUUUGAACGGUGGGGCCAGCUGGCGGCGGCUCUUGGCAGAGGUUGAAGUGGCAGUGCGCCUUGCUCAUCCACCAGAGGACUCCAUCAAGAACAUCGCCGUUGCAGCCAUUUGUGCAGGAGGUACUGGUGUCCAUGGUCAUCAGCGCUGGGAGGACGUGUCCUCCAAGCUGAUGUUGACUUUUGCCUUUGAGCCGCUCUUGCAACGCCUCCGCUAUGUGGCCGCGAGGGUGAUUUGGCUCUUGCGGCACCAAAAGUUAGCCGUCUCUGAGUGGAUGUCCUUCCUGGCUGAGGGGCCUGGUGCCAGGAUCUCUUCCCCGCUCUUCACUCAGCACCUCACCGUCAUGCGCUCCUCUCCGAUUGUCCGUGAUUUGGUCUACGAUGCCUAUGAUGGCGCAGUUGGAGCUGUAGGGGAGCAGCUGAUGAAGAAUCUUACCGGCACAUUGACUGCAGCGUGCAUCAAUCCUGAGCUCAUGUUGAGGCCGCAAACCGAAACAGAGCUGGACUUGAAAGGCCUCAACAAGGAGGCGCCUAAGGAGGUCGAUGCCAAAGAAGCGGACGUCACUGGACCAUCCAGUGGAAGACCACAGGGACAGAGAGCUCAGGCCAAGGAUCGCGUGCUGAAGGAGAUGCGCCGCCGGGCCGGUGACUGCGGCCUUGCGGGCAAGCUGCAGGACCGGGUCUUCGAGCCCAAAGAGGUGAAAUCCGCUGCGCCGCUGGUGGCGGUACGGCUCCAAAGAGCCUUUGCCAGUUUGGCAGGUAUCUUGGCGACGCAGGCCUAUGCUUUUGCGGAUGCGUCGCUGACAACGCUCUGCCGACGAGAGGUGGAUGAGGCCAUGAACGGCAUUGACUUCAGCGACGAACAACGCCGUGUGCUUGAGGCCAGACAUCGAGAACUUUACGAGGCUGUGAAAGAGGUGGACGGCCGCCUCAACUCGGUCAAACGCUGCUUGCUCUCACUGCGCGGGGCGCGGUGAAGCCUUAUGAGGUGAAAGGCAGGAGCGAGAAAGCGCUGUAAAUGACGAUUCUGAUGCUGAGAGGGAACCAGAGUCGGAUUCGCUUCGAAUUGGCUUCAGG